UGUCUUUAUAUCACAUGGUAAAGAGCGAUUUGCGAAAAGAGGAGAGGCGAUUGAAGGGAAAGAGUGCCUGCACGGAGCAAUCCAAAAGAGAUACUGAGAGCUGCAGCAAUGGGCGUAAAACUGUACUACACCACCGUUACCGCUUCUAGAGAGAUUAAAUCCCAGCAGGCCGAGGUGAUGCGGAUCCUGGAGAGCAAGAGCAUCCAGUUUGAGCUGAUCGACAUCUCCGUGGGCAACGAGGUGCGAGAGGAAAUGAGGAGCAAGGCGGGCAACGCCACCGCGGUGCCCCCCCAGAUAUUCAACGGAGACCAGUACUGUGGGGACUACCAGCUGUUCUCCGAGGCAGUGGAGGCCGACACGGUGGAGAAGUUCCUGAAGCUGGAAUGAGCAGCCGGGACGGAGCCUGCCCACCGGCGUCCUUGCCCCAGCGCCAUGCCGAAUGCCAAAAAACCCAAAUCAAUCAAGCACGUCUUCGCUGGUCACCCAGGCAGAGCAGUCCUGUCAACCUGCUGAACAUGACACUCUUACCCGCCUGGACCUCCUUCUCUUUCUGUUCUCCUCUCUUAUUCACUCCCCACUCCUCCUCCAGAAAGAGUAGAAACAGCACUAAUACUCGUCUUAACCAUUUGGGAUCAAGUGUGUGUGUGUGUCUCUGUGUGGGGAGGGUUAGGUUAGUGUAGUGAUUGGAUUAGCUGAACUUGGUGAGCAUGCGCACUUCACGAUUAGACCAAUUCUGCUUAACACAAUGGACCAACUAGUUACUUUCUGAGACAAAUGCUUCAGUGUAUUCCCCAAAGCUCCCUGAGAUUUUUUUUCUCCAAAUAUUAUAUUUUCACAAAUCUGCAAUGCUGUUAUGAAAAGCAUGAAUCAUGUUAAACUUCUUCCAACAAGGUCAAUCUGGGGACUCAGCUCACCAGGAUCUUACAUUUCAAUUCUGUUACAUGUUUUAAAAAAAAUCCUAUUGAACUGUUGCACUGCAGACAUUUAGAUCACUUAGCUCAGUAGUACAGUAUGAAUAAAUGCUACCGUCUGCAGUUCACUUUUAAUCUCUCGCUAAACCAUCAUGCUUCUAUAAUGCAAAAAAGCUGUACACUAUUUACAGUUCUCCAGGUCAGUAUACAGAGGAUUGGAAUCUAUUACAGUACUCCUCUGGACAGUAUCUUAAUUGGGAAUGCCAACAAUUUGUCAUUGAUUACAUUUGGCUUUCAUAAUAGAGUGCAGUAAUGUCCUUUUAAAUACCCAUAUAUAUAUGAAAGCUCUGCCCCAUCCUCACUUUUCUAGGAGGUACAUUUUUGUGUCCUCUUAGCAGUUGUUUUCGUUAAUGUGAGUUUGGAAUUCAGACCUCCUUGGUGUGCCUUAAGGCCCUAGUCACACAUACUGUAACUGAGAGACCCUGCCUCUAGCUUGUCAUUUGCUUACACUUUGAAACACGGAUUCUUGACGUAGCUGAAACUUCCCUAGGAGGUAAAACGGCUCACUUGGUGUAACUCUAUUGUGAUGUCAUCACCCUUGGAAUCACCCAGUGAAUGUCCUGUGGGAUUGUGGGAUUUCAUUCUCCUCAAAAGUGAAAAGGUUGACACGAUUGGCUGAAAACUCACUAACAGACAAGUUGCAUGAAAUGAGAAGCAAAGGGAAAAAAAUAAGUGUUAUUUUACUUCUGAUCUGGGCUUGUCAUUUUGACUGAAUAUAUUAGAAGACCUGUCCCAAACUGUAAUUCUGAUAGAAUUAAGUCGAUUUUUUUUCUACUUAUGCCAUUCCAUGAUAUUUAAAUCUGAUGUUCAGGUCAUUGAGUUUUAUUGAGAUGCAAUAUAGAUGAGUUUUUAUAGCUUUUAAAUAUACAAAUCAAAUUUCAGAAUAUCUCAGUGAAUGAUCAAUUUGUAAAAAGUUGAAUUUAUUGAUUCUGGUGAUAAACCCCUGCCACCCUCCCACUGAAAAAGGGAAAUCUGACAGGUAGAUUGUAUGAGAGCAUAAAGUAUUGAGACCGUCUGUAUUUUUCAUAAUUAUUCCACUCUUGAGUGAACGCAUAAAUGCCUAGUGCUUUAUUUCCCCUUACUAAGUUACUUUCUUGGUUAUUGACGUGGCCCCCAUUCACAUAAAUGCGUAAUACAUGCCCUUGUAAAAAGGUUGGCACUUAGUCCUGUCACAGGGACUAUUGAAUCAACUUCAAGCUGCUCCGGAAUCUCUGCGAUCCUCCUGCUCCACAGUGCCCUCUACAGCCCGAUCAGUAGAGUUGGAGUAAAACCUUUAGUGAAACUGCCUGUGAGAGACUCCUGGCACGUGGGUGUUCACUCUACACCCCUGUCUACCAGGAAGGGAUGGAGGAUGACUGUUAUUGUGUCAGCUUUCCCACUGAAGAGUGGUGUCCACAUGCUUUUUAAGAGAGGACAGUCUAAUUCACCUUGAGGUCACACUAAACAGUAAGUAGGAUGCCAAACCAAACUCCACUCUUUCGCUGGUAUUUGUUUGGCAUAUUUUAUAUAUUUUGUAGCAUCAAAUAAUAAAAACCCUUAUUUUUUUCUAUCCUUUGCACAACACAUCGGUUAUACCUACCACUACUGUAACCCAUAUGGACCCCAAGUACACAGCUUGCGUCCUGUAUUAUGAAAACCAUUCAAUUCAAAAUACUUUAUUCAUCCCGGGAGAGGGAGCAAUUUAAGACCAUCAGUAUUGCAGCCUCUCUUAUAAGGGUCUUAAUAAGAGAGUAUUUGGUGAUGCUUGGGGAAAAUAGAACAAUUUAAGUACAUAUCAUCAACCAGCUUUCCAAAAAUGAUCUUCUGUACACUGUGCAAAGUACAUUAUCUAUUGCAGUGGCCAGUGUUUAUUGUGCAACGCAAUGACUAAAGUGGUUUUGAAAACUCCUGGUGCACAGACAGCAAGACGCUCAGCAUGUGAGAGUGGCAGGCGCACAGGAGGAUUCUGUGUUCUGUGAAGUACAUUGGUGGGUAAAUGUGCAGAGAUCUCCCCGAGCUCACAGCCCUCUGAGAUGAUUGCUCUUUCCUCUUCAUCACCACACUUAUUUUGUACACAUGCUUGUGACAUUCCGUUGGUGGUCCACUGUUCUCCAUGAUCUUUUGCUUUGCCUUUUGGACCAAUGCCCUUCUUUUGGCCAAGAAAUAAAAUGCUGUUGUCUUCCAAGAAGAUGAUAACUAUAUGGGGAAAUCAAUAAAAAAUGGAGAAUUGUGUAA